CUUUUUAUUAUGGGUGCAAUUUUCAAAUUCAAUUAUAAACAUUGUCGUUGGAAGCAUAUUUAAAAGGGGUCUCCGGCUAUGCCUUUUCUAGCCCUUUGCUCUUGCUUUUUCUCUACCAUCAAUUACAACUAGAAGGAGACAGUUUCCAUUAAGAACAGCUAUGGCGGGUUCCACUAGCGGAACCACUUCUUCCAAUCCAUCAUUGAACCCUUCUGCUCCCAAAAUCCUAUUAGCCAAGCCAUCAGCUGGGCCGGUCCCUGGUAAAUUUGGACGCGGAGGUGGUGAAGAUGAAACGGCGCCGCAUAGGGCCCGUCUCCCUCCCGUUGGCUCCCUCAACCUUCUUUCUGAUUCCUGGGAGUUCCACAUCGAUCGAUUUUUGCCUUUUUUGACUGAGAAUACUGAUUUUAAGGUGGUUGGAAUCAUCGGUCCACCUGGUGCAGGCAAGUCGACGAUAAUGAAUGAGCUUUAUGGUUUUGACGGGGUAUCACCUGGGAUGUUGCCACCUUUUGCUAUACAGUCAGAAGAAACCAGAGCAAUGGCAAGGCAUUGUACUGUAGGUAUUGAACCAAGGAUUUCUGCUGAACGGCUUAUACUACUUGAUACCCAGUCUGUUUUCAGUCCUUCGGUUUUAUCUGAGAUUAUGAGACCUGAUGGCUCAUCCACGGUUUCAGUACUAAGUGGUGAGUCACUGUCUGCUGAGUUGGCUCAUGAAAUUAUGAAUAUCCAGCUUGGUGUUCUUCUAGCAUCUAUUUGUCACAUUUUGCUGGUGGUGUCUGAGGGAGUCCAUGAUAACAGCAUGUGGCACAUGAUGUUGACGGUUGACUUAUUGAAACACGGUAUUCCUGAUCCAUCUUGCAUAACCCCGCUCCAUUCACAGAGCUCUACACUGGGUCUUCACAAAGAGGGCAAAGAUAAAGUUCAUGAGGUUGAGGAGUAUAUUGGUACCCCUGUUUUUGUGCACACAAAGCUACAAGAUCAAGACCUUUCUCCUCCUAAUAUUGUGCAAACGAAGAAGGCGCUUUUACAAUAUUUCAGUUCCUCUUCAUUUAUGAGACGGAAAUGUGCAAAUAAACCCUCUGAUCGACCAGCUAUGACUCAGAUUAAUGCUAAAGAUACAGAGUUGCUUGAUUUACUUAUGAUCCCUUAUAAGAACAAAGACGACUCUCCUGAAGCUCAGUGUGAAAGUUAUGUCUCCUCACUAUGGAAAUUACGCGAUCAGGUUUUGUCAAUGAACUGCCCUUCGUUUACACGGAAUGUUUCUGAACGUGACUGGUUAAAAAGUUCUGCCAAGAUAUGGGAAUUGGUGAAGAGCUCACCUAUUAUUGCCGAGUAUAGCAGAACAUUACUAAGUUCUGGUAUGUUUAGGAGAUAAUCGUUGUCACCAUCUGUAUUUGGUCUGUUUUAGAUGCUAUUUUCGACAAUAUUUCACCAUUGUCAUGUCAAGCUUUCAAAUACCAUAUUGCAGUUAGGGUUGCUGAAAUAUUUGAUUCAGUGGGAUAUCAACAUUAUUGGCAUCUGGUAUUCCUGGUUGGAAGAAUAAAGCAUGAGCGUUGUAGUUGAAAA